AUGAGCACAGAUACCAAGUUGAUACUGAGUCUGGUGAAUAGGAUAGCUGUCAGGUUACCAAGCAACAAUGGCACACAGUUUGACGCCCUUGAAAGCGACCCUCUUAUCCAACAAACAUUGCCUACAAUAGCAACUACCAUUGUCACUGUGAUUGAAAAUGUAUCCAAGUCCCCACUCUCCAGAAACGAUGAUAUAGUGCCCAGAGACGUAUUACAAUCCCAAUUAUUCCUACUUCGCAUGCUGUCCGCCUGCAUGCACCACCAUUGGAGGUACUAUCAAGAUUUAGACACCAAGGCACGCAGUAAAAAGCAACACCAAGACGGUACCGAAUCACCCAUACGACCUUCCCUGAACCGCGUAGAUGGAGCAACACCUCAACACGGCAUGUGGUCUCCACCGGACGGUAUUCCACCUGUGCCCAUUGAUCCACCACCGCUGGAAGACAACCUAGCCAAGCAUAUUGUACAUGUCAUGUCAAGAUUCAUUUAUCAGAUUGGCGCCGUCGACGAAAAGGAGCACGGCAUUGUUGCCAACCAUUCAGCCAGCGCCUGUUCCACCGAGACCUACACUAGUUUCAAUGGCCAGACAUUACUGACCAGUUUGAUGGUGGAUAUAUACAGGGCAGCGAGUCGAGUGGUAGCCUAUGUCAGUGCCAGUAAUUGGCCCAUCACUUUUGCCAAAAUCAAGAAUCGCAUCUUGUAUCUGACAACCACACAAGAAGAGAACCCCGAAGUGACAGAUGUCAUGCUGUUGGAAUGUGCUUCAUUAAAUUGCAAACGUCUUAGUAUGGUGCUUACAGAAUUAUGCAGUUCAGCUUUGCAUUUACGAAAAGCAGCGCAAUUAUUUAUUGCAGUGAUGUUAAGAAGGGCGAUUUGGAACUGGAUUGAAAAUUACACUGCUGAAUUCACUUUAUUAUGCCAUAAUCAGACACGCAUUGAUGGAUCUCCUGAAAUCCUGUUUGAUAUCUUCAACUCUUUGGCAGACACCACCAAGCGAAAAGCCAUAUUUUGGCCUGUGCAAACCAUGCUGUUGGUAUUGUGUCCUGAUAUCAUGAUUUCUCAAUCGCUGAGUGGAGGUCGAGUAGAGAACAAAAAGUCUGCAUUUUUUGGCUCGCUCAGAAAAGCCAUGAAAGGGGAUCGUAUGGGAGAAUUGGCAGCCAUUUGCUAUGUGGAUCUCUGUCGAGCAGCAACCUACGUAUCCAAAGACGACAUGACAGCGAUUCGACAAGUAGUGCCUGAUGUGGAAAACGAACUGAUAGACAAACUGUUUGAUAUUCAUCGCCCUGCAGACGUCGACUCCUUAUCCACUAGUCUGGGUGUCUACAUUGAUCAUCGCAGCUUGAUGGCAGAUUGCAUUGUCGCCAUGUUCAGAUUGGACACACAAAAGACCAUUCACUCAUUGAUUCCCACUUGCUUUGACCACGGCGCACCGACCAUCUUCAAGCUGAGCGUUGUCAAGGCAGCUGUUGCCAUUGCGUCAGAAGAGAACAAUUUGCCCUGGAUACCGUCCAUAUCUGAGCUCUAUCUACCACUGUGCACUCGCAUUCGAAAGCUGUUUUUGGAAUUCUUUACUCGUGAUUUUAGAGACAAAUCAUCAACAGAUAUUGCUGCUACUUCCUCCUCCUCCGUGUCGUCUCGCAAGACAUUAGCCAGCAAUUUAGCGGACAAACGCAGCAAUCGAAAAGACGGGAGAACAGCCGCCCAGGAACGUUUCGAGUUGAUUUUGGAUGUACUGAGAUUGUAUCAAACCGAUCCCAAACUUGCUAUUGAGGGAAAAGUCGAAGAUAGAUUUGAUCAAAAUGCAGCCCUCAUGGUAGCCAUCACCAACUGCCUUCGAGACCCAAGCGCUUGCGUCAGGGAUGCAGCUGCAGAAUGUUUAUAUAAACUGCAUGCACCUGAUAAUAUUAUAUUAUGGGGCCUUCCUGACAGGUUUAUGGAGUCAUUUUGGAAGAUCUCUUCUCAAGUCCUGUUUACACUGGCAAAGCAACUUUUGGACAGCAGAGAACGAGAAAGCGGACUGAGAAAGCUGCUGGAUCUAUUAAAACGGUUACUGACAUUGAGAAACAAGUUUCUGGAACAGCAUCGAGAUGUAGCGAUCUUUGGCAUUGAUACGCGCGAACGGCUGCAAGCAUCAAUUGGCCUGGAAGUAGCCUUGUUAGUGCUGCUCUGUUCCUACGAUACGGAUAUAUGCACACUCUCCAUCGACUGCUUUGGUUUGCUCUGUACGGAAGUGCAUUUGACAGAACGGCUGGACGAUCCACAGCCCUCUUCCAUCACCAUUGUUGAAAACAUGGCUUGCUAUACAGAACUCACAAACAACUCGGGUGUGGUGACCGGGCGCAAAUCACAACAGCGACGUAUUCGCCGUCUAUUGAGAAUGAUCAACCAUAGCUCACCUGGCAUGCUGGCUGCUUGGGAAGAGGCUUGGAAGAGAUGGAAGUUCAUGACACCUUUGAUUGCACGCACACCGGAUGACAACGCCAAAGACGAUAGCUCAUUUUACGAGAGCAGCAGUAGCAGCAGAAAGGGAGGUGGAUCUACUUGGCAUGACAAGCUGAGAAACACAUCUUCUAGACAGCUCAUGGUGCCCACAUCCUCGACUCGACUGGACAUGAUUGACGACGAUCGCUCCUCUGAAUGGCAGAACUAUGCUGGAUUCUUGGCUGCUUUGGGUGGUGUCUGCUUAAUGACAGAGGCUUCUUCUUCUUCAGUGACUACCGGUAGUUCAUCUGUCCCUCCUUCGCCUUCCUCUUCCAUUCGUUCUUCUCGUCCUAGUAACAAUAGCAACAACGACUCCAUCAAUUAUAGCAGGCACAUUUCAGCCCCCAUUGAAUCUGCCAACAUGGUCGACAAGUUUAUCAUGGACAUGGUAGAUUUACUGGCCUGCGACAACUUGAUUGUGCGUGAAUGGGUGCGAGAAAUUCUGGGAAACGACCUGUCACCAGCCCUGUAUCAUAUCAUGUUUCGCCACCUAGAGAACACGCUCACAAAGUGCUUUGGGCCUGACAAUAACAGCGAUCCCAUGUGCGGACCAAGCUUUACGCUCUUUGUCGAACAAGGCAUCUCGGUGCUCAAGCAGGUUCUUGACCGUCUCAGCGAGAAGACAGACAACUUGUUUACUGUGGAUUUCAGCACACUGAUCAACCAGUAUGCCCUGUAUCUCAACAAACUGGGCACGAAUCAGCUGUCCAUCAAGAUCAAGAUCAAAAUGUGUCAGUUGGUCGAAGUGCUGAUGAGCAAAAAGGACAGCGUGACAUUAAGACAGGAGUUUCGCCUAAGGAACAAAUUGCUGGAGAUUAUUGUGGAGUGGACUAGUGAUUUCUCGCUGAAACCGGACAAUGUGUCUCAGUCAUCCAACUAUGAAGUGAAUCAAUUAGAGAAGCUGCAAAGCGAUCUAGACAUUGCUUGUCUCAAGACCAUAGUCGCACUGCUUCAUCAUUUGCCGUUGCAGCCUUCUGAGCCUGUAGUAGAAUCAGAUGCGCUUGUAAUCAAAAGCAGGAUUUUUUACAAGUACUUUACCUAUUUCUUCAAGCUGCUGAAUCGAUGUCGUGUGUCUGAGAUUGAACAUUCGCAAACCAGAAGCUACGAUUCACAGUUUAGAACAGGCUCGGAAUUAGCACCACUCAAAAACUACACCAUUCUAGCCUUGUCCAAUCUACUCAGUGCCAAUGUAGACGCAGGCCUGAAAUACUCGUUUUCCAUGGGUUAUCAUGAAGAUACACGCACACGAUCUGCAUUUAUGGAAGUCUUAACAAACAUUCUGAACCAAGGCACAGAGUUUGAGACAUUGGCGGAAACUGUCAUGACGGAUCGCUACGAAAAACUGAUUGAUACGUUGGUUCAAAACGACUUGAGAAUUGUGCUUUCUCUAUGUGAAGUUUGUCCUUCUUCGGAUAUUGAUGACGUGACGAAUGCUCUGUUGGCUUGCUUUGCGUCAAGAAACAAGACCAUGACACUCUUGAAGGCUGUGAUCGAAAGAGAGGUAGAAACAACAGAAACCGAAACCGACUUGUUUAGAAAAACCAGCAUUGCUACUCGCUUACUCUCUGUCUAUGCCAAAAAUAACGGUGCCGACUAUGUACGAUCUGUGCUUUUACCAGUAUUCCAGAAGCUGUCUGAACGGCCCCGCGAAGACAAGUGCUUUGAGUUGGACCCUUCCAAGGUUGGCCCUGAUGAAGAUGUCAGCAAAAACCGUAACAAUGUGAUUGAAGCCACUGAGAUGUUCUUAAACGCUAUUUGUGAUUCUGUCAAUGAUGCGCCACGGUCCUUUCGCGAGAUUUGUCAUUACAUCCUGACAUCGGUGCGGGAGCAGUUUCCAGAGGCAAAAUACACGGCUGUGGGCUCCUUUAUCUUUUUGCGAUUCUUUUGUCCUGCCAUUGUGUCCCCAGAAACAGAGGGACUGAUCAAGAAUACAGCCUCCAUUUCUCGUGAAAUGCGUCGAGGAUUUCUCAUUGCUACCAAGGUAAUCCAGAAUCUGGCCAACAAUGUCCUUUUUGGUGCCAAGGAGACCUACAUGAUUGUCCUCAACGAUUUCCUGACCGGGAAUAUUUACAAGGUGGCUAGCUUUUUACGAGAAAUCAGCAAGUUACCUACUGCUGAAAAUGCUAUGGAUGCUGCUGAUGCUGCUGAUACUGCCACUGCGACAGAAGACGUUGUGGAAAUGCCUCAAAUGAACGACAAGCUGUAUGCCAUGCUACAUCGUGUGCUUGCCGACAACAUUGAGCGUAUCUCGCGUGAUGUUGCAUCCAGACGCUUGGGAGGUGACAAAGACCAAGAUUCCAUCAGUGCCUGGAAACGCGAAUUUGACAAGUUUGCUAACCUGUUGGCUCAAUUGGGACGUCCACCUGAAGUGCCUCAAAAGGAGUCUGUGGGUACACGCAGCUAUGUCUAUGCUGCCUCCAACCAAUUGUACGCUGAUUUCAUGCGUCGCAACAGUCAUCGCAGCGUUGAAACGAUUGUGUCCAAAAACAUCUUUUAUGAAGGCGGUGUCUCCAAGGCGGGUCGACCUGUGUUUUACUUGGUCAUGCGACAUAUUCAUGCGGAUAAUAUUGAUUUUGAAUUGUUGAUCUAUCAUGUGCUUCAAACACUGGAAAGAGCAUCCAACAGACACUAUGAGCUGGUGAUUGACUUGACGCGCUUCUGUCGCCUGAAUGAGAUUCCAGGUCAAUGGGUCCAUCAACUGAUGCAAAUCUUGAGCGAGGACAAGUCAGACAACAUUGCUAUCUGUCACAUCUACAAUCCCAACACGUAUCUAAGAACAUUUAUCAAGAAGCUGGCUCGACCUCUAUCACACAAGUUUACCAAGCGCAUUCUGUUUGCCGUGACACUAGCUGAAUUGCAUGAGCAUAUACUACCAUCCGAGGUGCGAUUACCCAAAUCUACAACCGGUCUGGAGACAGAUCCCAGUGCCGUCUUUUUCCCUGUCAACAAGAUUCUCAAGUACACUACGCAUCUUCCUGUUACUGUCAAGGUCAGUGCAGAGUACGUGCAGGUUAUGACAGUCAGAAAGCAGGAAAUCUUUUAUGGCCUCAACGCGGUGACCAACGAUAUAUGCCAUAUAUCUGAAAUUGAAGACAUUGGCACCGCGCACCAUGAACGCUCCUCCUCGGAAUCAUCACAGGAUUUCAGUUACAGGUGCACGCGAGAGAAUAUCGUCAUGACAUUCAACUCACCAAAGAAGGUGGCCAUUAUCAAUACCAUUCGACAUAGCAAACGACGCUAUGAAAUGUCAAGACCGACCAAUAUUUCUGAACGUACCAUUCAACCAAACGAUGUGCCUGGUAGACUGCUGAACAUGGCCCUGCUGAACCUUGGAAGCGACGACCCCAACUUGAGAUUAUCGUCCUACAAUUUGCUGUAUGCUCUGAGCCGAGUGUUCAAUUUUGAUGUAGGCAAGCAACUCUUGGAUGCCAAAGAUCUGUGUUUGCCAGCCAACAGUACAGAGUUUAUUGUCAGCAUCAGUGAAAAGAUUGCAGCAACAGAACCUUCCUUGACCAUGGAAUUCUUAAACGAGUGCGUCCUUGGCUAUGGCAAAUCCGAGCAAGGCUUGCGGUAUCUCUCUCUGCUCUACAUGAUUCCCUGGCUCCCCAAUCUAGCUCUCUACUGUAACAGAUCGCCUCAGGAUAUAGUGAAAACCAAGGAACUCCUGCGGCUGUUGGUUGAUCUCACAUUGGCUGGUGACAUGUCCAAACUGAUAAAAGCAAAGAUCUGGAAGACCAUUGCAAAGGUAGACGACAUACUGAACCUGGUAAUUGAUACAUUCAUCUUGGUAUCCAACGAGCACGGCGUGGGGUCCAUGCAAGCAGAGGCUUUGGCUGAUACGUUGGUGACCUUGUCCAAUGUUACUGUGCGAUCCAAACUGACGUCCUAUCUACGCAAAAUUAUCCAUCGCACCUCGUUCAAACCCACGCGCUCGUUGACGGAUCAUCCAUCCUGGCCAGAAAUUGCUAUUCUGGUGCGCUUCAUCUUGAUGCUCUCGUUCAAUAAUCGCGGCCCGGUAAAACGUGUGGUUCCAGAACUGCUCCAUAUCGUGUCCUUGAUUGCUGGCGUGGGCUGCACCGUUGUACGUGCGUCUGUGCAUGGUGUGGUCAUCAAUAUGAUCCAGUCGCUGUGUACAUCCAUGCCUCUGUCGGCUGCCAAUGUCAAGAAACUGCAACUGUUGUUGAUUGAAAUGUCAGAGUCCAAGUCGCGUCUCUUGUUUGGCCUGACGCGAUUCAACGCCAAUGCGUUUACCAUCACGCCAGAAACACUAAAUGACACUAUUGAACCCAUAUCGCUUUUGUCGCUAGAGACCAUUGUCAGUAAACUGUCAGAAGUCAUCAAUUAUGCAGCACCCUCGACAGAUAUUGCUAAUUUCUGGAGAGCCAGGUGGAUGAGUCUGGUCGCCAGUACAGCAUUUCAAUUCAAUCCAGCGGUGCAACCGAGAGCCUUCAUCGUGCUGGGGUAUUUGGGCCGUGAAGAGAUUGAUGACGAUUUACUGUACCAAAUCCUGGUGGCUCUGCGAGGUGCGCUUGCCAUAUUUAAUGACUCGGAUCCUCAUUUGGUCACUAGCAUUAUGAUGUGCUUGAAGAAUGUGGUAGAAAGCCUCCCUGGUGAUUCGAGGUACUUGCUUCAGCUGUUUUGGGUCGCUGUUGCACUGGUAGAGAUCAAUACAGGCCCUACAUUUGCCAUGGCUGUAGAACUCUUGCAGGCAGUUGUGCGUGCACUGGACUCAAGCGGCUUCUUUUCAGGAGACACCAUGAUUGAUGUCUUGUUAGCAGCGCGUGAGCCUAUUGCCGAUGUAGCACGUCAAUUGGACAAUCUGUGUGGUGUCAAUUUUGAUUCGCAUUUCUCGUUUGCCAUUGCUGGUAUCUUAAUGAAGGGGCUGCGAUAUAACGAUGUCAAAGAUAUCAUCUAUCAUGGAUUGCAUACGUUUUUGGACAUUGAGCGCAAACAGUUUCCUCAUGACGGGUUGUCAGAAGAGAGUAGUAUCAUCGAGACAUCGACAUUGGGUUAUGUUACUGGCUUACUUCCACUGGCCGCUAAAAAUGACACGGUCAAGGAUUUACUCAAGGUGGCUGGAUUGACGGAAACAGACAUUGAUAGCCAUGUACUGAAUGGCAAGACAUAUGCUGGCAUUUUUGAUAAGCUGGAUAUUCCGGAUAAUACCACUGCUUUAUUAUUGAUCUCGUUGCUUGCCAACAUGUUGAAUGCAGCUGAUAAUGAAUCAGAGAGGUUGUUUAUCUAUGGCUUGUUGUCUGAAGCAGCUAUUGCUAUCCCUGAAGUGUUUUCUCUCGUAUAUGAUUCUCUUUUACCGAAAAUGAAUCAAAUUGUUAUCAGCAGCCAAACACAACCCAUUAUUGAAUCUGUAAAGUCCAUCUUAUUAACAGCAUGCUCUGACCCUAUGUUUAACGAGUCCAAGGGCAAACCAUCGCAACGGGUUCUGUUGGAUCAACUGGGAUUUUCUUCACUGGGUGAUCCUACAUUUGGUGCUUCUUCCUCUAAUGCCUUUCAAAAUGCUAAACUUGCUAGCGAACUGAUGGAACGCAUCAUUUCCUAA